AUUGUCUCUUGUUCUUUCUCGCCAUCAUCCCACCCCAUCCAUUUUACUCCACAUUUCGCUUCUAUCAUCCAUCCACUCUUCGUUACCUUUAAGAUGAUGUCUCUUCGUACUAUUACUCGCUCCGCUCCCCGCUCGAUUGCGCGGUCUCUCGCUGUCUCUACUCGUGCGACUAUCUCCCGACCUGUCGCCGCUGUCUCUCAGAAUGCUUUCACCUUGAAGCAGAUUACCAAGCCUGCGUAUGCUGCUUUCUCGACCUCACGGGCUUUCAAGCAGUCUCCUGCCGAGGGUGACGUCGAACUUGUUGCCAAGCUUGAGGACGAGCUGAAGCAUGAGAAGGCCUCUGGUCUUGAGGACCUGGAAGGUUCCGUUCAGAACAUUCAAUACGUUCUGCAAAACAAUUCUUGGGAGGUCAAGGAUAUCCCCGGCGAGCAGGAGGUCACACUGACCAAAAAGUUCGGCAAGGAAGAGAUUCGCCUUACUUUUACCGUCGCAGACCUCCAAAACUUGAGCGAGCAGGAGGACUUUUCCGCUGAUGGUCUGAUGGACGCAAACGACUUCGGAGCCCACCAGCCUGCUAACCAAGGUCGCGCAGGCAUUUCCCAGCUUCCUGAGGACCGUAUCGCUCCUUCCGACCGUGACGAGCUCGAUAUCGACGAUCUUGAACCUAGCUUCCCGGCCCGUGUCAACAUUACCAUUGAGAAGCCUGGCAGUGGCGCUCUCUUGAUCCAGACUCUGUGCAGCGACGGCGUAUUCCAGGUCGAGGAGCUCUCCUACUUCAACAAGCCCGAUUUGGCUCUUGCCCAGACUGCCGAGAAGGACUGGGCUAGACAGAGCCUGUACGCUGGUCCUCCUUUCGAGAACCUCGACGAGGAGCUUCAGAACUUCGUCGACCGUUACCUUGAUGUGAGAGGCAUCAACGCUGAGCUUGCCACCAUGAUCCCCGACUACAUUCAAGUCAAAGAGCAGAAGGAGUACGUGCGCUGGCUCGAGAGUGUCAAGAACUUCGUUGCUGCUUAAAUGAUGCGGACACGAAAUUUGAUAUUUUCUCAAGUCCCAUGUAGCAUGCUUUGGAAUGGUGGCUCCAAGCUUCACCUAUAUUAUCUUGCACUCUUAGUCUUACUCAAACCAGGCUUUUGUGCUCAGUAAUCAGGAAGUGCUGUGUUUUCGACAGCCAUAUCAUGUAUUAACAUAGAAAUGAAUAAAAAAUGUAAUUAUGACCGAAAACACGGCCUUAUCCUGUCCUAUUUCGUUAUGUGGUGUCUUUGAUAACCAGUCUGCAGCCACAUAACUAAGC